AUGGCGUCUGGGAUCGCAACAACGUCAGCUGCCAGCUCUAACACAGAAGUGAUGAUACCCUCGGGACUACCAGCAAACGUCGCGCACUGGAAGCGAGCCCAUGUGCAAGAGUUUCUCGGCGCCAACAAAGACGCGUCUGACCUUGAUGAUGAGGACAUCGACUUUGUCAGACAAAACAAAAUCGCUGGUGUGAACUUCCUCAAACUGACAGGCAAAAAACUUGAAAGAUGGGGAGUUGCAGGUGGAUCAGCAGAACGCAUCAUAGAGCUCGUUGAGAAGCUCAAGGUGAACAAGGGGCUCAUCAAGCGUGGAGCCCAACAACAAUUCAUGCUAGUUGAAGAAAUUAUCGAAGACAUUGUAAAACUCUUUCCACGCAGCCAGCCCAAAAAUCUUGACAAGUUGAAAAUGCCAUUAAUGGAUCGUGAUGUCGCCCUGCCAGUCACAACCAUAUCGAGAAAUGUUAAUAAUAACCUUAAGGACUCUAGGGCUAAAGUGGAUUAUUCCUUCCUUGUAAAACGCGCUGGGGCGAAGAGCUGUUCAAUUAUAUCCAAAAUUGUUGGGUCCCCCCCUGCAAAAUGGACUGUUGACAGCCAGCCACAUUUUGAAUACAUUUAUCUGGACUUUGGGAACAGUUGUGCUCUCGAGAAUGAAGAUUACAAUCUGAAUCCAGCAGUGCUUAUUGGCUUGCGGGUCGCAUAUGCAUACUUCAUAUGUGGCAAAUAUGAGAUGUCAUUUGGACAAUUUCAAAUGAGAGCCACACCCUGCAUUGAAAUGUUCAAUAUUGGUGAUGUCUUCACCAGCAUUCGAAGGAAGCUUUCUCUCCAAGACACACAGCAUUUGUUCAUAUUUCUUCAUAUUGACGAAUUUCAGAUGAUUGACACAUGGAGCAGGAACUCUGAAAACUUGAUGAAACCACAUUUUAAGAACAUUAUCAGUAAACUAGCACAGUUCAUGUUUGGCCCUCCAAAGACAACAUUUGUCCAGACCUUUCUCUCAGGAACAGCUCCACAAGCUGUCAUUGCAACAAAGGAGGCAUCCAAGGUUUCUUUCGAAUUUGUCCCAUGUCCACUAUUGUCAACCCCAUCUAUGGUUCGGAUUGUGGAUCAUUAUGCAAGGAUUUUCAAUGCAGAAACAUUCAGGGAUGGCAAGUACAAAUGGAAACUCUGUCGACCACUUCUUUAUCUUCUGGAGGACACAGGAGGAUUGCCUCGGGCUCUUCAACAUCUCUUAGACAUUUGCUUUCAUGUUGUCAGCACUGAUGGAUGUAAAUUCUUUCGUGCUAUCAAUGACCAUCCCUAUGGCAAAAUUUUUGAGCAUACUAAGGCAAGAAUUCAGCAAUUGUAUAACAUCUACAAAGUUGUGGAGGACAAUAGGCAUCUCGCUUUAGAACUUGUACGUCAUUCCAUCGAGGGAAUCACUGUCACAGUCAAGCAAUGCCUAGAUCAAAAUGAUCAUCUCCGUACCAUCGAGAAUCUAGAAAAGGAUGCACAUAUCAUUCUCAGCAGGGACAAGCACAAACCAGAUCAGUUUUUUAUCAAAAUGCCAUUCCUGUUUAUUUGCCUCUACAAUGACAUUUUGCACAUUAUACCGUCACCACUUGAAAAGACAUUUUUUGACAACAUUUAUUGGCAAGAAUGGGAGCUUUUUGUAGCACAUCAUGAGGCAUUUCGCACCAACCUGUUCUAUGAAUGUGGAAUAUGGACAUUACGUCUGCGUGACUUAUACCAUGGAGCAUAUGGGAAAGACAGCGUUUUGGAUAUUGUUGUGAAGCUAAAGAAACUAUCUGUUUGCUUAGCUAAUGAGCAGUUCCCAUCUUCGAAGUUAACAAACAAGGCCAACAACCAAGCCAUCGAGUGGGAAGAUGGAAGCAUUGUUAUUGUCAAUGGUGUGUCAGCUCAGUUUGGAGAUUCAUUUGUUGUUAGGGAAACUAAUGAUGGCACUGUACUUCUAAUGGUUGCACAAGACAAAUUGAUGCAUAGUGCAGGGACAUACAAACUGCACCAGGUCUUUGAAGAAAUCAUCAAGAAUACUGAAGCCAUUCUAUACUCCCCUGAAAACAUUCUUUAUCACCUUGUUCACUAUCGUCUGAUCACAGUAUUUUUCAUUACACAACCAUAUGAAGGUGAUCCUGCAGAGUUGCCAGACAAUUGUCUCCUUAUUGCAAGUGACAAUUUUGAAGAAUAUUUUGGUCCCGUUUUUUCAGCACGUGCUGCCUUUGCAUUUUCCCAAAGUCUCAACCCUAACUUUGCAGAGCCAAGAAGGAUGAGUGCAGUUCUUCCUGGCAUCAGUGAACAAACUGCCAAGAGUAUUAUUUCAAAACGCCCAUAUUAUAAUGAGGAGGACUUCUACAAAAAGAAUUCAAGGAUUAAAAAAGAAUCCACAGAACUCAGUUUUUAUCCAUUCAAUUUAGAAUAA